GUGGCAAGUAGUAGAUAUCUACAUGGGAGUAGAUCUUAGCUGCAUGCUGAUUCGAGAUAGAGAUAGAGAGAGAGGAGCCCUUGACUUUUGCGUCACAACCUUUAUGAAGAAAGAAUGAAGAAUAUCCACGUGCUUGCAUCUAUCGCUGCGACCGCGGCUCUUGCGGCGCCUCUGGAAGAGAUCCCCGAGCGUAUUCGGGGCGCAUUUUUUGGAGCUCUUGUCGCAGACGCGUUGUGCUUAGGAAGUCACUACGAGUAUUAUGGCAAGGAGGGAUAAGAAAAUAAUAUCUAACUCCAGUGUACUACUAGGAUUUUCUCGAAAAGACAUCAACUAUAUACAAAACAGAUAUACAAAACAGUUUCUUCUUUGGGCAUUUAGCUUAACGUAUUUUGCGAUCUAGUUUAUAAAUGCCUUGUAUCUAAUCCGGAUCAGAUAAAGAAUGGAACUUUCUCUAUCUUUAUUUUCAACAUCAUGUUUUCUUUGGCUCCAAGAGACUGACGCACCUACUAUCAAGCAAGCAUAUGGCGGGAAAGCUCCGGAGAGGUAUCUAUUAUGGCUUUAUCCUUCAGAUAUCCUGAGUGCCUAUCUCUGAGUGCAAUCUCUCUCUUAACUUCAAGUGGAAAACAAAAGGGAAAGAUGUCGCAACUCCCUCACUCGGUCACUCACUAACCAAUUCACCCACUCACUCACCCACCCACUCCAACACUCACCCACCCCAAGAAGAAAAGGACAAUGAUCGACCACCUGCUCUAAAUCGAGCACCUGGGGAAUGGCUUGGCGGAUCCACGCACGGAGUCGGAUGGGGCAGACGCAACUAUCACCCAGGACAAAAAGCGGGCGAUCAGACGGACUACGGACAAUUUAUGGUGCUGCAUCGAAGAUUUUCAUUAUCCAUUAUCGGGAAGUGUGACUGUGGAGUGUUGUGGGUGUACAUCGUCCCCUGUGGAGUUUUUAUCGUCCUGGUCGUGUCGAUCUCGUCGCCAGGUCUAUAAGAUAAUGAUAAGCCACAUAGUGAAGAUGAAAAUGCACCGCCACAGAAUCUUCACUCACGUUGUCAGGAUAAUGAAGAGCUACCGUGAAACGUCUAAGAAAUACAACUUGCUCAUGCUAGAAUUCUUCGCAAAAGAUAUGAAGGAAAAGAGCAGUGAUUACUUGUCAGUGUUAUUUGUGAUCCACUGAUAGUCGUUUUCUUCAUCUAGUACGCACCGAACUCGAUUCGGUUACACAAUAGGCACUGAAUUAUCACAACUAUAGAUUGUAGAGCUGUACUAAGACAUGACAUGACUCCUUAUGGAUUAGGGAGCAUUACCAAUGAUAAUUGAUGUACGUGUACACGUCACCUACACCGAAACCGCUGCAUGCCCAUCAAUAGAAGAUUUAAUUGAUACUGUGCUAAUCAUUAGAAAAGCAGUGCUGCGGUAGAUCUGGAGAAACUUAUACCGUUUUGGAAAAACGGUCUCGAAGCGGAUUCUUGGGGUGCUUGGCGAUGUACGCAGACAAAGCAAACCUUGCAACAGGUAUUUACUCUGUUGACAAGGACGUGACGGCUUGUCUGCUGACACGGAAAGAGAACUCGGCUCACGAUGAUGUCCUUAUCAUUAACAAUAUUACCCGUGCCAGCACAUUUAAGAAGUAUUACUCCUAUUAAUUUAGUCGAAGAUAAAUACUUUUGUUCUCUAUGGACUUCUAUGGUCGGGCUUCUCUUCCCACUGAGAAGUAGACCUAUUUUCCUUGCAAUUUUUCUUUGUUUUCAGGUGCGUGCCAAAGCACCUACUAGGUCUUUAGGCGGAAUGUCGAAUGCUAUGGCAGUUCGGUCAGCGUCAGUCUUCGGCGUCUACGCAAGCGAGAAAGCCGCAGCUAAAUUAAGCAGGGUCGUAGUUGUGUCUCAUUGUAUCUUCCAGCGCUGUUUGUUAAUAGUAGAAGUAUCCCAAUCCCAAUCCCUUUUUUAUCCAUCCGUUUUUGCAGCGGAUCCUGGCAUGCUGGAGAUAAUGCCACACUACAGCUCUAACUAAAGCUUCGCGAGCACUUCUUUUUACACACCGCAAUGGGGAGGCUUUAGCCGGCACAGAAUUCUUCACCAGAGCUGCGCACAAGGUCUUGUUACAAGGGAUUCCUUAUACGCAAAGGAACCUGUGCUUAACCCUAGAGAAAGUCCGAGAACGUGUGUUAGAUCACUGCUUCAAUUCUUUAUGGGACUAUCCACACUUAAUACUAGAUCCCUUGACUUUGAGCCCAUUAACCUUCAGGUAUUGAAUAACCUAUACUCUUUGGUAGAGUUCCCCACGUUGCCUCUUGUGUCUUCUCUUCUGAGGGCGCAGAGCAUCGCAUAGUCUAGGUGCUGGUAUGCUAGCCAGUGAUAGACUUCAUGGAAUGGAGUGGCUCGUUAUUUUUCCCUUCUUAUCCAAUAGAUUGUUUUUCGCGGGUUGAAGCCAGCAGCCGCGAUUCGCGCUACAUGUGACCAAAUGGGUGCCCAUGGAGCCACGAGUCGAACCGGCCGCUUCGUAAGGGAACAGUGUGUUAUGGCUUUUGACUUUGAUGUCUCGAACUUGUACUGCUGCUGGUGCUGCUGCUUUUGCGGACUAAGUACUUUAUCCUAUGGUCUGACACUGGUGAGUGAUUGUUUGCCGUUGUAAACUAGAUUAAUAUUAAAGAACGGUUAGCGUCGCGUGUCUUAUCCCUCACCUGAUUUUUCUAAAGCGCACAAAGGAUUUAAAAAAUUUGAAGAAGUGUCAAAAGCAGGAUCAGCGCUGGCUGCCGAGGAAUUUUCAGACGAUUUAGCUAUGACGAGCAUGGCCCGCUUGUGGGAGGUUGGAAAAACGGAACCUAUCAAAGUACUAGAUUUCUAAAUAGUCCACCAGUGUAGAAGACAAAAAUGUAGAUGUUGUACCAAAUAGAUGCAAAUUAGUCUUCCAAUCACCACAGUUGUACUUGUACUAAACUGCUCUGUACUAAUUAAUGCAUGAAUCCUCACUCCUACUAAUCUGCACCACUUUGACUUUGAAUAUCGAGAAUGACUUACCCUAGGUUGGCAAGGCAUCGCCGACCGAGGGAGUGAUGCCUUCUUGCAUAUACAUGAUACUUCGUUACGAAAACGACCCGAUUGCAGCUUAUCAGGCCAAUGCGAUUUAUGGAAAACAAUAGAUCAAUGAUUGUUGCUGUCAAAUGACUCCCUUGCGUACUAGUAUAGAAGCCAUCCGUCCAUGAUAUCCUGUGCCUUGAUGUUUAUUUUGGAUGCGACUUAGUUCAAAAGUGAGACGCAUAGGUGAGAGAGUCUGAAGAAAGACCAAGUGGAGAAUGGCGAAAGGAACCGGCUCUUAAAAAUUUCUCUGGCUAGAAUGAAUAGAUACAACUGACAACGAAUUAUAUAUACCGCUUCUAAAGAUAGGUAGGAGGUGAUAACGCGAGUCGCGCUGUCGCAAUAGGAAUGGUGUUGGGCGCUUACCACGGCAUCCAGAGUGUGCCUGGUCCGUUUCAGUCGGGCCUCAACGCGUGGAAAAAAAGCGAAAAGCUUUUAAAGAUUACGGCUUUCAGUCUCUCUCCCUCUCAAUUGUAGAUGCUUUUUUGACAGAUGUUUUUUACAUCACUCAAUCAAUCAAAGAGUAAAUUGAUUAAUCUGUCGAUGACAAACGUGGCCGAACUGUUGAUUUGACCUUCGAGCUACUCCGUCGACUCCAGUAAGUAGCUCCCCCCCCUCAAGUAAGUGGCUGUAAGCCUUCGUCAGAGGGAAACAAAACUUCUAACCCGAAGCUCCCACUAUUGCAGCCAAGCGCGCUGGACAACAUUAUGUUAGAUCCAGAGGCGAGUGCUGACGUUGGCGACCUGGAUGACGAUUUGUAGAAGGAAAACGUAGUGUAAUGCUCGCGCGAGUUGUAGUUGUAAAAGUGAAUACUGUAGUACUACUCGGGGGCUCUACUCCUGUAGUCAACAUUCGACUACAACAGGAGCACUCAUGAUGACUGCUUGUUGUGGGCUCAAUAUCAUAGUUUAUCCUCGUGAUGAUGUAGGCGUAGUACAAUAAUUUGAGACUUCGAAGAAAUUUGAUUAGCCACCGUCAUUGUGUGACGCUAACAAAGACACAUUACUUUAUUCCAGCAGCAAGUUCGCCGUCCUGUCUUGUUAGUUCUCAUCUACACAGGAAUCAUUUUUAGUAAGCCUCCACAAGACCACAAAGUCGGGCUUUCAACCCGGGAGGUGCAGAUAGAAAAUUCCUUAAGAACGUGCGCAAAUUUAAAGUUCGUUGCUUCUACGCAUUCAGAACUUAAAUCAAUACAACAUGAUAUCCCGUAGGCGUGUCGAGUGCGCCAAUCGAUUCGUGGACUUAGAUAUCAUGGUUAGGGAACUGCUAAGCUACCUUCUACGAUCUGAGUAUUCAAUCCAAGAAAACAAGCUGCUUCAUAAAGCUCUCUUGUUGUAUUUGCACUUCGUGGUUUGGGAAGUUUUUUAGAUCGACAACAACAUUUGAGGUGCAUGAUGAGACGCGAUCGUGUCACCUUCGCGGAUUUCUCACACUCUAUUCUUAGUGGCCGCAUAGUAGCCCCGCAUUGAGAUCUUAAUGCGUGACCCUGGGGGUUAUUCAAGAU